UCCAAACAUCAGCCAUGUAUAAAACGAUGUGCUCUUCGUAGUGGAUGGUAUCAGUUGAUCGUUUGUUCUCUUCAGCAUCGACAGCAAAGAAACAAUCAGUCCAACAACGAUAUCCAGCACAUCGCCAUGAAGGUUCCCUUUAUUCUGGCCGUCUUGUGCGGAAUGUUUCUGGCCGUGACGGCACUGACGUUCGAAGAUGAACGUACCAACCGCAUGGAUGAUUUUGACGAUGGAUUCACGGACAUGUCAUCCGACGAAUUGGAAGACAUGAUGCUGGACAAACGCUGGAAAUGGUCACAAUACGGAAGGCGUCGUCAAGACGCCGAAGAAGAGGACGACAUGAUGGACGAGCCGAUGUCUGAUGAAUUUCAAGACAUGUUGCAAUCAUUUGAUCCUGCAUACGAUGGUGGACGUGGCCGCGGACGUGCUGGAGGCUGGAGAAGAGGCGGCGGGGGCUGGGGAAGAGGUCGUGGAGGCGGAGGAAGACGCGGCGGAGGCUGGAGAAGAGGCGGUGGUGGGUGGAGAAGAGGCGGAGGAGAUGCCGAAGAAGAUCAAGAUGUCCUGGAAGAUGACAUGGAAGAGCCUCUCUCCGACGAAUUAGACGAAAUGAUGUUUGAUCCUCAAGGUUGGAGAGGCCGAGGUGGAUGGGGCGGUCGAGGUGGUUGGGGUGGAUGGGGUGGUCGUGGUGGUUGGGGAGGUCGUGGUGGUUGGGGUGGUCGUGGGGGUUGGGGUGGAUGGGGUGGUCGAGGGGGUUGGGGUGGUGGAUGGGGUCGUGGACGUUUCUGA